AUGCAUAGCUUCCCUGGACCCCAAACGUUUGAGGCAUAUUUAGAGGUAGUGAAUGAUCUAGUUUCGUCUUAUGGAAGCAUUAUUGUUACCUCCACGGAUAAUCAUGGAAACAGAGCUUUGAGUGUGGCAGCUUACAGGGGACACUUGGCGGUGGUGCAGGCUCUUAUAUCUCAUUCUGAAUUAUAUCAUCAGAAUAAUUAUGGAGGCACCUUUCUCCACAUGGCUGUAGCAGGCUUCACAAGUCCAGGGUUCAGAAGACUGGACCAUCAGAUGAAUCUAAUGAAGCACUUGAUCACCAAUGUGAUGAGUGCAACAAUAAUAAUAUCAGAAUCAGAUGAUCAGGAUACUGGCCACCUGAUCAAUGUGAGGAAUAAUGAGGGAAGGACAGCCCUUCACUGUGCCCUGGCCCUAAACAAUAAUAUCCCUUGUGAAGUGCUCCACCUUCUGAUCCUCAUGAUAUCCGCCGCCAGUGGUGGUGAAAUCAACAACAACAACUACAACUCUCAGGAGGAGGAGGAUCACUUCAAAGCAAGAACAAGACACCUCAGAUCACAAUCACUACUACUAUUACAACAAUAUCAUCAACCCCAUGAUGAUGUAGCUGCAGGUGCUGAUAAUAAUAAUACUAGUAAGAUAUUAGUCAUGAACAGCAGAAGUCCUGGGGCUUCUUUCAGAAUCAGCGAUGCUGACAUUCUCUUUUAUGCCUCACCCAGCUCCCAAUCUCCCUUAAUUAGCCGCGUAAGCAACAACUCAUCUCCCCGUUCCUUUGUUAAUCCCAAGUCUACCUCUCUAAACUACAACAACAACACAGCCACCCGACUAAAGAUUCUGCUCCGAUGGCCUAAGAAGAAGAAUAUAAAGGACUUAUCCUAUCACGACGACGACGAUUCAUUGAUAUUAUCAUCUUCUCCUAAGCUGGAAUCUUCACCAACUCCUCUGCGACAUUGA